AUGGAAGGUUUUUCAAGGUUUAUGGAUAGGGCAUCUAGUCAAGGUCUCUUCAGCGGUUUCUCAGUUUCGUCAUCCAGUAUUGUGGUAAAUCAUCUUCAUUAUGCGGAUGACACAAUCUUCUUUUUGGAUAAUAAAAGAGAAGAGCUACAUAACUUGUUUUCUGUUUUACAAUGUUUCGAAUUCAUAGCAGGCCUCAAGAUAAACAAUUUGAAAACACGUCUUAUUGCUGUUGGAGCAGUCCAUAACUUACCAAUGUGGGCAGAAGAACUUGGUUGUUCAGUUGAUGUCCUUCCUUUUAUGUAUUUGGGAAUGCCUCUUGGAGCGAAAUGUGGAUCUAUAAAAUUUGGGAUCCAAUAA